AUGCCCACUAACUUAACCUCCCUAGGUCAACCUUCCAUUCCACUUUGUGAAUUUAUCUCUAUGAAAGAUUGGCAAUAUUCACCCAGAGAGUGGACUGAAUGCCGGUCCCCCCUAGGCAAACUCUCGCAUCGUGAUGACUACGAGUUGAUAGACUGGGGACCUAGAGGCAAGUUCGUCCCUGAUUGUGUUGAUGAUUUGGAUUAUACUAGAUGCCAUUUUCUCCCUGCAGCCAAGUGGUGUAUCACUUCUCUUUUUAGUUCUCCUCCAAGCUGUCAUAUCCAGACCCAGGAACCACUGGAAUGGCACGAUGGGGGGUAUGCUCCCCCUCGCCCUCGAGCUAUGCGUAAUGGAACACUCUAUCCGGAACACACUGACCUAUGGAAGGUGGCUGCAGCCCUAAGCCCUGGCCACUAUUGGGAUGGAUACUUAGAUGGUUCUAAACAACUCAACUUCACUUAUUAUAUCAGUUAUAACUCCUCUUUCCAUGUGCAGGCGUGUGUCAAGCAUCCUUAUGUGUUUGCUCGAGGCACUCUUUCUUUUGACCCUGUCAAUAAGAAGGUUUCUUGUCGUGAUUGUGCAUUAUUUACCUGUCUCAAUUCUUCCCUCUCAGUCCAAGAUUCUCCCCAGAGUAUAAUUUUAUUAAAGGCCAGAUCACACAUAUGGCUACCAGUGAACCUGACCAGAGAAUGGCAAUGCUCCCCUGCUGAAGGACUCCUGACAGAAGUUAUGACACGAUUGCUCAGGCGUUCCCGACGAUUCCUUGGACUCCUGAUUGUGGCUAUUCUGGGACUCAUUGCUGUGACGACUACUGCUGCCGUUGCAGGAACAGCUCUCCAAACCUCAAUCCAGACGCAUGAUUUCGUGAAAACAUGGCAAAACGACUCUCACCACCUCUGGAAAAUGCAGGCUACCGUCAACCAUGAUGUUGAACAACGAUUGGACACUUUACAACAAAUGCUACUUUGGGUCCAGGGGCGAGUAGAUAUCUUAGAGCAACAGAUGAGACUGUUUUGUGACUGGAAUAGCUCUUCUUUCUGUGUCACUCCCCAUAGAUAUAAUGGGUCUGCUCAUGCUUGGGAAAAAAUCAGAUACCAUUUGCAGGACCUGAAGGGAAAUAUGUCUUUGGAUACUCUCGCCCUUCAGAAUGAGAUCGUUCAAGUGUUUAAGGAGAAACUCCCAGGUGUUCAGUAUGAGAAUUUAGCUCAGGGUAUUGCGGAUGCAUUACAGGGCCUUGAUCCGAAGUCAUGGUGGCAAAGCAUUACCCACGCUAUUGGUAGUGCUGGUGGGGAAUUUGCAUUAUGGAAAGGAGGGAGGAAGUACCUUGGAGGCCACUGGGGCAAAGAGCAAGGCAGUUCCCGCCAGCUCUCAGCCUGCCUGGAAUCCGCCAAUUCUGGUCAUGUCCUGACACCCCCCACCCCCACCCCGCGCGUGGCCGGGCCCACGUAUCCGUCCCGUGUCCAGUGGUGA